UCGAUUAUAUUGCUGAAAGGAACUAUCUAGGUGGUGAGAAAAUGGGUAAAGACCUAGAAUCUAGCAAGAAGCAGCUAUUUACAUUCGCCAUGAAAGGGAAAUGGGAGGAUGUGAUUGAACUGUACAAGAAGGAACCGAGGCUUCACAAAGCCAGAAUAACGAGGUCGGGAAGCACAGCGUUGCACGUAGCAGUGUUUGACGGGAACGAGGAGGUGGUGGAACAGAUGGUGAAGCUAGCUGAAACAUGUCCGAUACACUGUAAAGAGGCUUUAGAGACUCAGAAUGACAGAAAAAACACUGCUCUGCAUGUAGCUGCUUCCAUGGGGAAUCUCAGAAUCUGUCAUUUGAUUGCGCAGAAACAUCCAUCCUUAGUCAAUGUUCGAAACGUCGACGGCGAGACACCUCUCUUCCUGGCGGUUCUUCACGGCCGAAAAGAAGCGUUUCUUUGUCUUCAUUAUCUUUCUCACCCUAAUGGUUCUUCCCCCAAUUAUGUUAACUGUAGAAGGAACGACGGCGACACAAUUCUUCAUUGUGCAAUUGCUGGGAACUUCUAUGAUUUGGCAUUCCAAAUUAUUCACCUGUAUGAAGAUCUAGUGAACUUGGUGAACGAAGAGGGGUUGUCUGCCCUCCAUCUGCUUGCAGCGAAGCCUUCUGAUUUCAAAAGUGGUAGCCGACUUGGGCGAUAUGAAAUGAUCAUCUAUCACUGUAUAUUUGUUGAGGAGCUCAAGCAAGCUGAGAACCACCAUCAACAGUCAUUUUCAGAGGAAGGCAGGAACCCAAAUUGCAAUAUUCCAGACAAUUACAGGACUUGCUGCGACUUUUUUGGGAUUGUGAAAACUUCGCUCACCGUUGUAACCAACAAAUUUCCAGUGUUUCACUUUUUGAAAGACAAAUUUUUUUCCAAAGGACAGCCUUCAAAUGCAGGGGAUCCCGAAGCGGCAAGAAACAAUAACAUCCAAGAUCGUAGAACUCAUCAUCAUACGCGUCAGUUAUAUCCAGAAAACUACGAACCCUGCUGUAAAUUUUUCAGAUUUGUAUAUCUGGUAGUGACGGUGAUUCUUGGCCAAGGAUCGAGCGGAUUAAAAAGAAUACGAAGAAAGAGGGAGAAACAUGUUUGGUCUCUUCAAAUAAUGAAUGAACUUCUUUGUCGUGCUUCCUUGUACGAGUACGAAAACAACGGGAGUGAACCCCAAGUCGAUGAUUUUGCCCCAGACAACGAUCAUAAAAAGGAUGAAAUAGCUUCUUUAGCCCAAGACAGCAAAAUAAUCAGACCUGGAAACGAUAAACAUCAACAGCACGAAGGUGGGGAGGAUUCUAAAAAGAAGAGAACGGAGACACCUAUACUAAUCGCUGCAAAGAACGGAGUGACGGAGAUGGUUGAGAAGAUUAUAGAAUUAUUUCCGGUGGCUAUUCACGACAUGAACGAAGAGAAAAAGAACGUAGUGCUGUUGGCAGUAGAGCACAGACCACAUGUAUAUCAGCUGUUGCUCCAACGGAAUAUUCUGAAAGAGAGUGCAUUUCGGAAGGUGGAUCACAAGGGAAACAGUGCAUUACACUUGGCCGCCAAAUUUGGACAGUACAAGCCCUGGCUUAUUCCCGGCGCUGCGCUCCAAAUGCAAUGGGAAAUAAAGUGGUUCGAGCUUUUUGUAAAUGGCGAUAAACAUAUGUGGAUGAAGUUUGUGAAGGAGUCGAUGCCGUCUCAUUUAUUUGUUCGACGCAACAACCGUAAUAAAACCCCGAAAGACAUCUUCACUGAAACUCACGCACAGCUAGUGAAAAGCGGAGGGGACUGGCUGAAUAAAACCUCAGAGUCAUGCUCUGUGGUGGCGGCUUUGAUAGCGACGGUGGCCUUUGCCACAUCGGCCACCUUGCCUGGUGGUGUCGACCAAGAAACCGGCCACCCGACCCUGGAAAGGGAGCCAGCAUUCAACGUGUUUGCCAUCUCAUCACUCAUUGCAUUGUGCUGUUCCAUCACGGCUGUAGUGAUGUUCCUAUCCAUACUCACUUCUCGUUAUCAGGAGUACGAUUUUAGAGUAAACCUGCCCAUGAAGCUAAUAUUGGGUUUGACGUCAUUGUUCAUGUCGAUUGCUUCCAUGUUGGUGUCAUUCUGUGCUGGCCAUUUCUUCGUGCUCAGGGAUCAACUCCAAUACGCUGCGUUACCUAUAUAUGCAGUGACUUGCCUCCCGGUGACCCUUUUUGCUCUCGCACAGUUUCCAUUGUACUUCGAUUUGGUGUGGGCAACUUUAAAAAGUGUGCCUCAGCGUAGCUACAAGGCCAUCCCCAUUAAAUUCAGCGGAGAGGAUUCUACCCAGAAAUCAGAGGUGCCAAGUGGAGAGAGAAAGAGAGAGAAUUCUCGCACGCCACGAUCUCCUGCAGACUAAACGCAGCCGCUCAAACCGAAGAAUGACAAUGCUGGGCUAAUGUCGGCACAUCGCUCAUUAAUUCUCGAAUCUCAUGCAUAUAUGUGUUUUGGAAUUUAAAUACUGUUUAAUAAUUUAAUUUGUGACUUGUUCGACUGUGUGAAGGAACAGACAGUAUAACUUUAUUGUGCUCGUGUUACUUUUGAGAUGUAUACGUGUGCAUGUGGAUCUCCAUAUACAUAUUGUGCUCCAAAUGAAUGAUUACGAUAAAAAGCUCAA